UGGGCAUGCGUCACUGGAAUAAUGGAGGACUGUCUUUUCUACCCGGACUGAUGAUGUCUGUAUUUCUACUCUACUACCUGUGAUCUGAGAAAAUCACAACUCGUUAACAUUUCAGCGUGUUGUGGAGGUCAAAGUAACAAUCCCAAGAUGACCACAGACAUGUCAGCCCAAAGUGUGGGCUCCAGGAUAAUGACGUUCACCCCCUCCAAAGAGGAGUUCAAGGACUUCAGCCGGUACAUUGCCUAUAUGGAGUCACAAGGAGCACACAAAGCUGGAAUGGCAAAAAUUAUUCCACCUAAAGGCUGGAAACCUAGACGAACCUAUGAUGAUAUCGAUGACCUGGUGAUUCCUGCACCCAUUCAGCAGGUAGUGACUGGCCAGUCAGGACUUUUCACACAGUACAACAUCCAGAAGAAGCCAAUGACCGUCUAUGAGUUCCGCAAGACCUCCAACAUGGACAAGUUCUGCAAUCCCCGAUACGGGGAUUUUGAGGAGCUGGAAAGGAAGUUUUGGAAGAACCUGACCUUCAAUCCACCUCUUUAUGGGGCUGAUGUCGGUGGAACACUGUAUGAUCCAGAUGUGACCGAAUGGAACAUCGGACGUCUCAACACCAUUCUGGACACCGUGGAGAGUGAGAGUGGUAUCAAGAUCAAAGGAGUCAACACACCUUACCUCUAUUUUGGCAUGUGGAAGAGUGCCUUUGCAUGGCACACAGAGGACAUGGAUCUGUACAGCAUCAACUACCUGCACUUUGGAGAGCCAAAAUCCUGGUAUGUUGUCCCACCAGAGCAUGGGAAAAGACUGGAACGACUUGCCAAAGGGUUCUUUCCAGGAAAUGCUCAGAGCUGUGAAGCCUUCCUGCGCCACAAGAUGACUUUAAUUUCACCGUCAAUCCUGAAGAAAUACGGCAUACCAUUUGAGAAGGUUACCCAAGAGGCUGGGCAGUUCAUCGUGACGUUCCCGUUUGGCUAUCAUGCUGGUUUCAACCAUGGAUUCAACUGUGCUGAGUCAACCAACUUUGCCACCCAGCGAUGGAUUGAUUACGGCAAACAGGCGACGCUGUGUUCGUGCCGUCAGGACAUGGUGAAGAUCUCCAUGGAUGUAUUUGUACGCAAGUUUCAACCUGAACGUUACAAGCUGUGGAAAGCAGGGAAAGACAACACUCCCAUCAACCACUCCAAACCCACGCCAGAGGCUGCUGAGUUUCUGAAAGAAGACAAAGCCGAGCCUCCACAGAGUCCCAGAGAAGCUCCAGAGAGUCCCAGAGAAGCUGGGGCUGAGGAGUCCACUACUUCUGUCCUGGAGGACAAAAGUCCAAAGCCUCAGCCUGGGAAAAAGCGUCAGCUUGAAGCUGUUGAAGUUUCUGAAGACAUCAAACCUGAGCCAACCAAGAGGGAGACUGAGGAGGUGGAGCCAAAAAGGGCCAAGCUGUCCAACAAGGAGUCUCCAUCUAAAGUCCCUGUCAAGCCAGAUAAAGACACAGGGAAAGUCAAGCUGGAGACUAAGGAGAAAGACACCAAGCUUCAGACUAAAUCUCAGUCCAAAGGCAGUACUAAGAAAGUUUCAAACAGGCGAAGCCCUUCAAAGAAAGAGAAGAACGGUGUAUUGGCUUCAGACAUCUGUCCUCCUGAGCCUAUAGAGAGCCAGGUGAUGGCUCCGCGCUCUGAGGAGGUGGGCAGCAAUGAAGAGCCUCAGCUAAGAAGCAGCUGUAGUCCAGCACACAAAGUGUUCCAGAGGACGCUGAGCCCUGCAGAUGUCCUUCACGUUCACAGCUACGCCAAAGGAGACUACGGAGAGGGAGAAGCCCCGCCCAAGGAGGAGAGGAAGAGUGAGGGCAGUGACACUGAGACGGACAAAGACAGCAGACAUGUGAGCAAAGAACAGGUGGCAGAAGAGGUGGCUGGAGAUGGAGAGCUGGAGAGCGAUCUAGGGCAGCUGCCAGGCCACCAUCCACUUAUAAAGGAUGGCAUGAGUGACGAAGAAGCUCCACAGGAGGCCCCCCCAGUAGAGGAGGGUGGUCUGGAAGGGGAGGGCUGGGCUAAACCUUUGGCUCACCUGUGGCAGAGCAGACCUCCUAACCUGAAGAAAGAGAGGGAGUACAACCAGCGCAUGUGCUCCAAACCUCCAUACUGUUCCAUCUGUAUGCUGUUCCACACAUACCAGCAGACUGAAUGUGCGAACAGCGUCGACAGUGCUGUCAUGGUGGCUGGUGGGCGGAUGCGGACCAAACCUCUGAUCCCAGAGAUGUGCUUCACCACCACAACUGAGGAGGACUCCGAGUGUGAGGAGCAGCCUGUCACACCUCAUCUAGAGGAAGAUGGAACCAGCCUCCUCAUCAGCUGCUCUCAGUGCAGUGUUCGAGUUCACACAAGCUGUUACGGUGUUGAUCCAACCAGCGUAAGCAAGGAGUGGAAAUGUGCACGCUGCAAGGCCAAUGCAAUGACUGAGAAUUGCUGUUUGUGUUCACUGAGAGGCGGAGCCUUGCAGAAGGCCAACAACAACAAAUGGGUGCAUGUCCUGUGUGCAGUGGCUGUGCUGGAGGCACGCUUUGUCAACAUCACUGAAAGAAGUCCUGUGGAUUUAAGUGGAAUCCCUUUGCAGAGAUUUAAACUGAAAUGUUACUACUGCAAGAAGCGGAUGAAGAAGGCAUCUGGCUGCUGCGUGCAGUGCUCACAUGGACGUUGUCCCACUGCCUACCACCCCACAUGUGCUCAGGCGGCUGGAGUACUCAUGCAGCCAGAUGAAUGGCCGUUUGUGGUCCAUGUUACCUGCUGUCGACACAAAGGCCCCACUCAGAUUGAGCGCAAUAAAGCAGCCAUGCAUGAGCUGACUGUGGGACAGAAGGUGAUAUGCAAGCACAAGAAUGGCCGCUACUACCAGUGUGAUGUGGUGCAGCUGUCGAAAGAGACCUUUUAUGAAGUCAACUUUGAUGAUGGCUCUUUCAGCGACAAUCUCUUCCCUGAAGACAUCGUGAGCCGGGACUGUGCUCAGCUUGGACCCCCACCCCAGGGUGAAGUGGUUCAGGUGCGAUGGACAGACGGUCUGGUGUAUGGGGCAAAAUUUGUGGCAACACAUGCCAUCCACAUGUACCUGGUGGAAUUUGAGGAUGGGUCGCAGCUAACAGCCAAGAGAGAUGAUGUCUACACUCUGGAUGAGGAACUCCCCAAGAGAGUCAAAUCCAGACUGUCUAAAGCGUCAGACAUGAGAUUUGAUGGGAUCUUUGAAGAAAAGGAAAUCAUCCGGGAGUCAAAGAGACAGAGAGUGAUCAACUCACGUUACAGAGGGGACUACAUAGAGCCUGUGAUUUACAGAGCCAUCAUGGAGUGACCCUCUGUGUCCGUCUGUUCACCAACACACCACCAGCACCGACAGACUGAACUGUGCUCACUGUACCUUAACUUUGCAGCUAGCCACUGACAGAGUGUAGCUCGAGAUCACUUCCUUCAGGACCCACUUUGGACUGUUGUCUACUUUUCACUUCUCAUUCAUCCAUCUUUGUUUAGUCAGAGACAAUUUUGUUUUCUUUGUUUGACUGCGAUCAAGGAAACAGCAGUAUUUUUUUAUUUUAGGCUGACGUCCAGCCCUGGCAGUACAUAACAAUAGGAAGCAAUAUAAAACAGCAUUUGUUCAAUACAGUAGUAUUCUGAUAGCAAGGCACCUUGUAAUAAAAGAUAAUUCUUGAGUUCAACUUUAAACUAAGUAAUGGUAAAUGAAUUGCUCUUCACAAAACAUUUCAGUGAACUCUGCUACAUGAGUGUUUACUUCAGUUUAAACCAUAUGCUGCCAUUAGUGCCUAUGAUACAGAGCUUGGCUGGUAUCAAAGGUAAAACUUUAGCUUCAUUUGCUCCCUCAUAUUUAGAAUUUGUAAAUGGCCCAUUUAUGCCUUGAAAUUACUGAAUUUAUUCUUUCCAAUUAACAUCCUACAAUUAUUCCUUUAGUUCCUGUCUUCUCCCCACCAUAUUAUUCAUUUCAGGGUAUGAUUAACUAAUGUUUAGGGCCACAACUAACAAAUAUUUUUUUUAUAUAUUAAUCUGACAAUUAUUUUCUCCAACAGUUAACUAAUGGUUUUGGCUUUACCAUGUCAGAAAUUAGUGAUAUGUGUUGGUCACAGUUUCCCUGAGCUGAAAUUGACAUAUACAGUUGUUGUUUUUUAGUUAUUUGGUUUUGAAUGACAUAAAACAGAGAAAUCCAGUAAGCCUCAUGUUGUAGAAGCUGGAAUAUUUUGCUAGGAAAAAAAACUAAAACGAUUAAGUUUUCUGUCCAUUGAGUAACGUUGAAUCAACUUAUCAUUUAAGCUCUAAAACGUUACCCCUGAUACCUGCCAGGCUCCAUGUUCUGAAGAAGCUAGACUAGAUUUCUGCCCUGCUAGUUUGAUUGAACCCAACUUAAGGAAUAUGCAAAUGUGAACAUAGUGUAAACUAAAAUCAUCAAGGUCCUAAAAGUAGACUUGACUUAGCGCCGCUCUACAAGACAAGGCUACAUUAUAUUAUAGAAUGCAGGACCCCGACUCUAUAUAGUCCUUUUUGCUUGAUUUCAUUUACUGUUGUCUCCUGUCUCUUCUGCUCUUACUGCUAGACAUUGCAUAUCUACGGAGAACAUAAAUGAUUUGCACAGUCAGAGAAAUAAAUUUGUCAAUAAAUUACAUCUUAGAAUAACCAAACCAGCAUAAACCCUAUCUUAAGGCAAUGGAACAGGUCAUUUAUCCAACCUGAAAGGUGCCCAAUGGGUCAGGUAGCAGAGCUUAAGGCUACACCCUUCAAUGACCUCUUCAGUCAUCACAUUCAUUAAAAAAUCUUAAAAACCUAAAAUCUUAUUGGCUUUACAGUUUAAUAACACACAUUAUUGAAACAGGUAUUUUCCCCAACAUUAUAAAGUCAUAGUCUUUGGAAUCUGGCAACUUGGCAGAAUUCUACAGGCGAAAAUCAGAAAUCGAAAGUGCACUGGUAUUAUACUUUAAUUAAAGAAAUACCUCACACAGGAAGUUUGUAUGGGUUAGCUAAUUACCCCUGAUAUCCGGGGACGAUGCAGAGAAUGUUUGUACUUGCAAUCUUUCAUGAAAAACAAAAGUGUUGACCAUUUCUUGAAAGGGGGAGGUUACAGAUGGAUCAUUUCUAACAGCAAACACACACAAACAAACACAAAGCGUUGAAUGCUGUCUAAACAGAAGUAGCUGUACAAGAACUUUGCCUAUUUUGUAAUCAGGAACUAUGUGAUCAAAGGGUCAGUGACAUGAUUACAGUCUGAGUAAUGUGGACACACGUUGCUCAUUGUCAGAAAGGCAUUUUGAGGAGGAUAGCAGUAUUUGAGAAUUGUAAAAAUUCAGUGAGAGUUUUUUCGUUAGCAUUUGGUUGAGGAUUCAGAAACAUGGUUGGCCACGGUGUUCAUUUGUGACCUCAGUGACGAUAGUGUGACAAAAUAAUCUUAGUUUAUAAUCUUCCCUUUUUUUCUGGGCUUUUUAACUGCAGUUUGAACCCCUGAAAAAUCGAACAAUUUGUCUUUUGAGUUGAGAUUAUUCUGUAAUACAUAAAUUUGAUAUUUAAAGUGUGACCAGAUAUGUAUUGAGCAGACGUUUGUAGAAGAUUUAUAGUGUCAAAAUAAAUUUGCUUUCAUGUGCAGUGUUGGACAUACUGAGCACACCGGUGGAAAACUGCAAACUCUUUCAGCAUUCCAAACUCUGGCGUAACAAAUGGAUACAAAAAUAACAAUUCAUGUGUGAGGUAUUUCUUUAAGUGGGAGCAAUGCCAUUUAAACCACUGAUUAUGCCUCCUCUUACUGUAACUUUAAACUGCAUUCCUUUACAUAUAAUGUAGUAGAACUGAUUAUAGCUUUACAUUUUCAGUUGUUUUUACCAGCCUAUUUAUUAAGGUGCUUUGAGAAAGUAACCUCUGCAUCACAGACAGGAGUCUGCAGUAAUACUUUGGAGCUCGAGGUUGACAAUGUAUGUUAUAUUUUUUCUACAGUAUAUAGAUGAACUAUAUAGCAGAACCCGUUCAGAUUUUUAAUGCGCUUUGUCUACCCAGUUGUUUCCUAACUCUUGUACUGAAAGUUGUGCAUUGCACUUUUAUUUAAGUCCAGUUGCGAGGACAUUUGAAUAGUUGUGUGCUGCCAUUGCUAAUUUGUUAUAAAUCUGUUUUAGAAUGUUAAUUGUACAUUUAUAAAAUGUCUUAUGGAUUGUGCACCCCUCCCUCUUGGUCAAGCUCAUUGAUCACAUUGCACUUGUUAUGGGAACAAGGUGGCCUUCAGAUGUCAUCAUUUGCCUGAGAACUAAUUCUUGUGGUGUGAGAUUGCAGACAGAGGGAUGUUUGUUUUCCAGUUAGUGUUUGCCAAGAAUGAAUUUAUUUUAUUCAUAAAGUAUCAAUAGAGUUGUACAUGGGGAGGGGGGAUUUUCUAUUCUAUUUUAUUGCGUUUUUUUUGUAAAACAUGUCCUAUGUGUAUUUUCACAGAAACCUGUGGAGUGUAAAUGUUAUGUAGUCUAUUUUAAGAUGUUACCUGUUGACCUAGGAGCUGAGCUGUCUGUUCUUGUUGCCUCCUCCUGAAGAGAAAUAACUGAACUUCCAGAUUAUCAUUCAAGCAUUUUGUAAAAUUCAUUUGCUUGUUUCAGUAAAGAAAUUUGC